UCCCUCAUCCCAUCUCUCUGCUGAUCUCUGCCAGCGCGCACCUUAAUGGGGGAGCACGCGUACGACCACAUCAGCAGCAUGAGCCCGUCGACGCCGCCGGCGCAGCACAGGGGCUCCACGCGACACGAGAGGACCGUACCAUCCAGGAACACUACACGGCCAGCGAUAAGAAUCAUCCACAUCAUCCCGCCGGAGAUCAUCGAGACCGACGCCGCCAACUUCCGGGACCUCGUGCAGCGGCUCACCGGGAGGCAGCACCAGCAGCUGGCGUACGAAGAGGCCAGCACAGCCGUGACGGUGGCCGCGGCUCCUACGCGGCCUUCGCCCGUCGAGGAGAAGCCGCAGAAGAAGAGGUUGGCGCCGGCGGCGACGGCACUUGCCGACGAUUGUGUGCUGCCGCAGGAGAACACAGGAAGGAAGAAGAUCAAGUGCGAGGUGGUGAAGGUGGAGGAAGGAGGGUUCGGCUUCGGUGGCGUUGCAGGUGCCGGUGACCUUGACUUCGGCGAGCUGUGGAUGGACCUCAACCCUGAAGGUUUCUUGAGCUUCUUGGAGGAAGACGUCUUCCAGUGGACGAUGGCCCCUGAAUUUUCGCAGCCUCCUCUGGGGUCGUCCAGCAAGGAUUUGAUUGGUGAGAUGUGUGCAUCCUAUCUGGCUUAAUUAUAGUUGGGGCUGUUCUCCGAUCUGUUGUUUGGUUGUUGUUGUGAGGAUUUUUGCACAACAGUUGAGAAAAUGGGUUCUUUUUUCUUUUUCUUUUGAUGGACGGAGUUACACUGGGGGCGGCAAAUAGUGACCAUGUAGUAAGGUAUACUGGUGGGAUGAUCAUGCAAUCAAUGGUCAUUUGGGUGCUUACAUUUUGAUUGGUCUCUGUAAUGUAAAUAAUUGUUUUUAAUCUCCUCUACCUCCUGGAAGUGAUGGAUGUGUGCACAA